AUGUAUCAAAUUGCUUCCCCAAAUGAGUAUCUCGCCAUCACUGGCGCAAAGAUCGCGACUGUCAAAAUAUGCAAGAGUGCUUUCGUUUGGCCUUUUCAAAAGGUCCGAAGAUUCAACAUUCAACCUCGCGACUAUGAGUUGUCACUUCAAGCUAUGACAAAGGAGAAACUUCAGUUGGCGAUUCCUGUAGUAUUCACCAUUGGUCCCGAUGUCAAUCGUAGAGGCGAUAAUGCCCGAACUUCCGACUCUAACCAUGAGAGCGCCGCAGAGGAUGGCGACGACGCCCUUUUGAAGUUUGCGAUGCUGCUGGCUGAAGGCGAAAGCAAUGACGGUGAUGCUGGCGCACAUCUCAGAAAGAUUGUUGUCGGUAUCAUCGAAGGGGAAACCCGUGUUCUCGUCAGCUCCAUGUCAAUGGAGAAAAUUUUCACAGAGAGAGAAGCAUUCAAGAAGGACAUCUUCAAGAACAUUCAAUCUGAGUUGGGACAAUUCGGCCUUAGAAUCUACAACGCCAACGUGAAAGAACUCAAAGAUGCUCCAGGCUCCAACUACUUUGCCUCUCUCAGCAAGAAAGCCCACGAGGGUGCCAUUAAUCAAGCCCGUAUAGAUGUAGCAGAAGCUCAACGAUUGGGUACUGUUGGAGAGGCUCAGCGUCGGGCAGAACAAGACCGAGAACUCGCCAAAGUUCAAGCCGAGACCGCAGUUCAAAAGACAGAACGUGAUAGUGAGAAGGCUCGAGCUGAAGCUACACUUGCAACCCGCAAAACUGUUUACAGCCGUGAUGUCAAUGUUGCUCAAAUUGAGGCCACACGUGCCACCGAAGUUCGCGACGAAGAACUCCGCAAAGACGUCGAAGUCAAACGUGCUUUCACAGAGCUUGAACGUCUUCGUGCCAGUGACGUUGUCAAAGCUACGAUUGCCCGUGAAGCUAAGCAACAAGCUGCUGAUGCUAAGAACUACGAAGAGCAAGCCCGUUCAAAUGCUGAAUAUUAUAGCCAGCAAAAGAUAGCGGAAGCAAAGGCCAACGCUGAACAAAGAGCUGCCGAAGCCAAAGCUUACAGAAUCAAAUUGGAAGCCGAAGCUAACUUUAUCGCCGAAUCCAAAGCAGCCGAGGUAGCACUCUUGAGGAAGCAAAAAGAGGCAGCUGGUAUGAGUGCCAUGGCCGCCGCAUACGCAGAUAUGAGCAAGGCUAUGGGUGGUCCACAGGGACUCAUGCAAUACCUCAUGAUCGAACGUGGUACUUACCAAGACCUUGCCAAAGCCAACGCUGAGGCUGUUCGUGGUUUGAACCCCAAGAUGACGAUCUGGAAUACUGGUGCCCAGGCUGGUGGCAAUGGUGAAGGCAGCUCUGCUGAAGGUCAGGGAAUCGGUGUGGGUGGUAUGGAUAGUAUUCGUAACAUGUAUCAGAUGCUUCCACCACUCAUGUCCACCAUUCAUGAGCAGACUGGCAUGACUUUGCCAGAGUGGCAAUAUGGACGUUUGGGUCCUGUACCUGGAGAGACUCAAGAGGUUAUCAAGGUUAAUGGUAAGACCAAAAGCACUAAUGGGCAUAGAUAA